AUGUGUGGUAUCAUCGCUCAGAUCUUGGCCAACCCCUCUGGCGCGGCUGCCGUGGACCUUCACGAGGCGCUCUACCUGCUGCAACAUCGUGGUCAGGAUGCAGCCGGAAUCGCAACCUGUGCUUCCGGUGGUAGGAUCUACCAGUUGAAGGCCAACGGCAUGGCAGCUAAGGUCUUCCAUGACGGUGCCAAAGUUGCCAAUCUCCCUGGAUCUAUGGGAAUUGGUCACCUUCGUUACCCUACCGCUGGGAGCAGUGCGAAUGCGGAGGCCCAGCCGUUCUACGUGAACAGCCCCUACGGCAUUUGCCUGGCCCACAACGGCAACCUCAUCAACGCGCCAGAACUGAAGCAGUAUCUUGACCUGGAGGCUCACCGUCAUAUCAAUACCGAUAGUGACAGUGAGUUGAUGCUGAAUAUCUUCGCGGACGAGCUGAGCGAGACAAAGAAGGCUCGUGUCAACCAGGAGGACCUCUUCUCUUCCUUGAGCCGUAUGUAUGAGCGUUGUGAAGGUGGCUGGGCAUGCACUGCCCUGCUUGCCGGCUUCGGUAUCCUCGGAUUUCGUGAUAGCUAUGGAAUUCGCCCUCUGGUCCUGGGCUCCCGCCCUUCUUUGGAUGGUGAAGGCACGGACUACAUGAUGGCUUCCGAGUCUGUCGCCUUGGACCAGCUUGGCUUCUCCAAUCACCGCGACAUUCAGCCGGGCGAGGCUGUCAUCAUUGAGAAGGGAGGUGCGCCUGUCUUCCGCCAGGUUGCCCCCAAGCGGGGCUACGCCCCCGACAUCUUCGAAUAUGUCUACUUUGCUCGUCCCGACUCUGUCAUCGAUGGCAUCAGUGUGUACCGUAGUCGGCAGCGUAUGGGUGACAAGCUCGGUGCCCGCAUUCUCGAUGUCCUGGGUCCCGAUGCUGUGCGGGAGAUCGAUGUUGUGAUUCCAGUCCCAGAGACAUCCACCACCUCCGCCACUCACGUUGCCCAGUACCUGGACAAGCCUUACUGCCAGGGCUUCGUGAAGAACCGCUAUGUCUUCCGCACAUUUAUCAUGCCUGAGCAGAAGACCCGACAAAAGGGUGUUCGCCGAAAGUUGAAUGCCAUGAAACAGGAGUUCAAAGAUCGAAACGUUCUGUUAGUCGAUGACAGCAUUGUUCGAGGAACGACGAGUCGAGAAAUCAUCAACAUGGCACGCGAGGCUGGUGCGAAAAAGGUGUAUCUUGCCAGCUGCGCCCCCGAAAUCACUCACGCCCACAUCUACGGCAUCGACCUGGCAUCCCCCCAGGAGUUGGUGGCUCACAACCGCGACACUGCUAGCAUUGCUCGCCACAUUGGUGCUGAAAAUGUCAUUUUCCAGACCCUGGAUGAUUUGAAGGCAUCGUGCUCUGAGAUUGCACGGGAGAAUGGCCAAACUGAGCCUGUCAACUUCGAGGUUGGUGUGUUCUGCGGUAGCUACGUGACGCCUGUGCGUCAGGGCUAUUUCGAACACCUUGAGCAAUUGCGGGGCGAGGGUCGCAAGAUCAAAGCUCUUGACAAGGCUAAGGAGGCUGUCGCUCAUGGCGUUGCCAGCAUGACUGAUUUCCAGAUCGCUGCUCACGGCGUGACGAUGGACACCAAUGGCAAGAUAAUUCCUGCUGAGUCCCCAGAGCCUAACGCAAAGUCUUCAAGCGAGGCCUCUCACAAGAUCGACGAUCGCAUGGACAUCAGCAUCCACAAUAUUGGUGAUCAUCCUUGA